GCUGAGUGAGUCUGAUUCUGAGUGGGAGAGGAGUGAACAUGAGCGUAAUGGUGAGAGAGGUCAUGUUGAUGCUGAUGCUGACGGUGAGGAUGGUAGUGAGGUGGAUACGGUUAUUAAUCAUGAAGGACAUGUCACUGGUGAUGGUGAUGAUGAGGAGGGGAGAGAGAAUGACAUGCAAGGUCAAAAUCAUGGACAUGCCCCGGAGAUUGUGAGUUGGGAUCGUAGGGAUGCAAGUGGAAAGGUGGAAAGCAGUGAGGAGCGUCUACAUCUGGAUACGCAUGGACAUGGACACCGGGACUCUGAAUAUCGCGCUUCGGUGCUCAAAAACCUUCUCAAGUACGGUACUACCUUUCAUUGGGAUGAUGAGAACGGGAGCCGACUUUCGACGACGUGCGAUAUCAGCUGUGGCAGAAGGUUUACCAUGAUCUUCGUGAGAUUGAUCUUAAGCUAGGUGGUUGAGUCUACACGAAGCCUGCUCUUGGGUUUCGUUGACUGUAUAGUUGGGAUUUGGGGUGACAUUGUUUCACAUAUCUGGAUAUGAAUGACUAGGGCUAUUCAACUAUUGGUAUCGUGGAAGCCGUCCCUGUAGAGCUUUCGAUUCAUAUUCGAACGUUAAGGCUAAUCACGUCAACGGAGAGCCAAAAGCACAACGGAAAGACAGUAGCUGGAAAUAUGUCUCCAUACAAGUAGUCUCUUCUGUCAUGAUAGACCUACUCAGGCCAAAUGCAUGUAUGUAAUCCUUAAUAUCACAUACAAUCACUACAACCAGUGCCGGUACUUCAGCCAGGCCACUACCUGCCCUUGGUUGAACUAGAGUAGCAUAUACAAUCAAUAUAGAUAGGCCGAACGAUAAUCAGAUAGCAUGAUACACUAGUCACAAUUUAGUCCGUCUUCGCAGAGAUAGCAUACUCUCCGCGGUUGCAGGCAUCAUCCAGAGACAUUUACCUAGUAGCUCAAAUACCACAUCACGAUCAGACAUAUAAAUC